AUGCGUCGUUGCAAUCAUCCUCUCCAUUCCGAUACUGAAUAUUUAUCAUCAUCAUCUUCAGAGAAUGAGACCACACAAUUAUUCCGAAAGGAAUCAUCAUUGAAAAAACCACCAAUACUUGCAACCAACAAGUCGAAAUCCAACAAUGAUACUGCUGCUGUUAUGGUCAUUACCACUCCGAGUCAGACGAACCUCUCUCAAUCCCAUUUUCAACCACAUGGAAGAAGAGAAGAGAAUAAUGAUUCGAAUCAUACAAAUGAUGAAAAUAAUAUUAUUGAGGAUAACAUUUCUUCAUCAUCGGUCGAGUCACAAUAUUUGGAUCAUGUUUUAAUACCUUCUUUUGAUGAAAUUGAUGAAGAUUUUGAGGAUUCUCAAAUCACUAAUGGAAAGUACAAUACUGACAAGGAUGUUUCAGAAUCUGAUUCUGACACUAGUUUGGAAAUGAAAUAUAUUUUACUUGAAAAUGAUUCAGAUGAAGAAGAAGAAACAAUUAAUUCUCCACAACAUGAUUCAACUAGAAAUUCUCCACAACACAGUGACACCAAUGAUUCUGAUGAUUCUAUCAUUUAUGUCACUACCAAACAUUAUAAUAUUUUCCAUGAACAAGAAGAAAAGAAUUCACUCAUUUCAGAAAAUCAUUCUAAAAAAUCAUUGACCUCACAUUCAAACUCACAUUCAACCUCAAAAUCAUUGACCUCACAUUCAACCUCAAAAUCAUUGACCUCACAUUCAACCUCAAAUUCAAAGAAAUCUUUUUCUGAAAUGAUUCAAAAUGAUAAUCACUUGACAAUGAAUUCAAAGAAAUCUUUUUCUGAAAUGAUUCAAAAUAAUACACGAAAAUCAACACUUGGUGAAGAGAUCAUCACUUUGAACCAUCAUCCAUCAUCUAUGAAUAAUACUCAUUUGAAGACAAGUGUACAAAAGAAACCAUUAAUUACUAUUCCAUCAUUCAAUAAUCGAAAGUUAUCAAAAAAUUCUUCAAAUAUUUCCACAUCAAACAACAACAUGUUGGAUCCAACGACGAGUACUUCUCGAGUCACCACCAAUACCAAUACCAUCACUAAUACCAUCACUAAUACCACCAAUACCAAUACCACCACUAAUACCACCAAUACCAAUACCACCAACACUAUUGGCACAUCCAACACCACUAAUAUCACCACUACCUAUAAAUUACCUUCAGUGAGAGAUAAAAGAUUACAACAUGAAUCCAAGAAUCAACAAGUAUCAUUCUCUUCAAGUCAAAGAUCUUUGACAAGUAUCAGUCCUAAUUUUUCCUCAAAUGCACCGACUAGUAGAAAUGGAAAUCACUCAAUGACAAGUAGAAAUGUGAAUCACUCAACCAUUGAAACAAAUAGUAGAAAUACCUCAAUGACAUCUAGAAAUGGUAAUACCUCAAUGACAGCUGUUAGAAAUAAUCAUUCAUCAUUAAUUUCAUCAAUAACCAAUCAUGAUACUGUGAUGAUACCCAAAACAAAGAAUGAUCACCAACACUUCAUUCAAAGCUCUGAAUAUUAUUUGAGACAAGCAAUUUUGGAACACCAACGAAACAAAAUCACACCUCCAGUUACUCCAUCCAACAACAUUCAUAUGGAUGAUUCAAUCAAUAAGAACCAUCGAAUGAAUCAAUUCUAUGACAUGAUUCUAAAUAUGGAAAUUACCAUUGAUGAAAAAACCAAGUUAAAAAAGGCAGAAUUAACACCUCGAGAUCGAAUGUACAUGAUGAAUCAUUUAAAAGAAAUUCCAAAUUCUUUUAAAAGUAUUGAAGAAUAUGUAAAUAUAUUUACACCUCAUUUAUUACAAGAAUGUGUGGCACAAAUACAAUCAUCGAUCAAUGAUCAUGUGACUGAGAAUUCUGAAGAUGUGGAAUAUAUUCAUGCAACACUUAAGGAAAUGGAUCAAUCAAAAGGAAAUUCAUGUAUUUUAUAUUUUCAAUUUAUGAACAUGAUUAAGAAUAACCACCAGAACAACAACAAUACAGGUGGUAAGAAUAAUCAAAAAAGAAAUAAUCAUGCAAGUACUACUCUUACUUCAAAUGGUAAUAGUUCAAAUGGUAAUAGUUCUAGUAAUAAUAAUAAUAAUAAUAAUAAUACUAGUAGUAGUAGUAGUAGUAGUAGUUCAAGUGGUAAUCAUAGUAUCAACAACAACAACACCACCACCACUCCUAACAACAACAACACCAAUAAUUCUACAUUUUCACUCUUACCACCUGCCAUUGCAUGGAUUGAACCAGUUUCCACCAUCACCACCACUCGUACCACCACUCGUACCACCUCUUCAAAAACGAGUUUCUUUUGUCAAGUCUUGGAAAAUGAUUUUCAAACAUCAAAACAUUUAUCUAUUCGUUUCAGAGAUUUAAUUUCAUUGAGAAUGAGUAGUAAGAAUCAAUCACAUCAUCAUCCUAUUCGUGUAGGAUCACAAUGGAUCAUUAAGAAAAUAUCACUCUCUACUCUUCUUAGACAAAUCUAUGCUGUGAAUAGUAUUGGAAUAUUUUCAAAAAUAUGGAAUGUGUCUAUUUUGAAUCAUCCUACCGUCACUACCAUGAAUAGCAGCACCAUCACUCCUAACAACAACAACAACAACACCACCACCACCACUCCUAACAACAACAACAACAAUAUACUUCUCAAUCCAUCCUGUUCUCCUCUCUGUCAAACAAAACAAUAUCCCUAUUCACAUCAUGAUCUCAUGAAGGAUGAUAUUGAAUUUUGUUUACAUCCAAUCUAUAAGAAACACUUGAAACAGACCUAUAAUGAAAGUCAAUUAACAGGAAUUAUCAAUGCAUGUGUGAAUCAAAGUGGUGAUCCAUUAUUACAACAACGACCAUCAUCAUCACUUCAACAAUCAUUCAAAUCCUUUCAACCAAAACAACAAGAACAACAACACUUGUCACCACUACCAUUACCAUUACCAUUCGUAUUCAUUCAAGGACCACCUGGAACAGGUAAAACAACAACCAUCAUUGGUAUCAUUUCAACACUCAUUCAACAACGUAUUGAAAGAGGUGAAUCCGUUGGUAAAAACAAGAUUCUUGUGUGUGCACCAUCGAAUCAAGCAGUAGAUGAAAUAUUAAAAAGAAUUUCAGAGAAGGGAAUUGUUGUAACUAGUAGUAGUACUACUACUACUAGUACUCCUACUCAUUACAACAACAACAAUACUACUACUACUCAUUACAACAACAACACCCAUCGCAAUAAUCCUGUCAUCACUUGUACAAGACUUUCUACUUACUAUCCAAAUAUGGUUCGAUUUGGAAUUAAGGAAUCUAUACAUCCAAGUGUGGAACAGUAUUAUAUUGAGAAUUUGAUAAAACAUCGAAUGAAUGAAAGAAUCUAUUCAAGUGAUCAAAGUGGAACUAUUACUAGUUCUACUACUACCCUCAAUACUACCACUCAUACCACCAAUACUACCAAUACUACCACUCAUACCACCAACACCACUCCUAUGAAUUCUUCUUCUUCUUCUUCACAUGUGUUCUCAGAAAUGAAUUCAAUGAAUCAAUUAGAAUUUGAAAUCAAACAAUCUAUUAUGAAACAAGUUGAAAUUAUCUUUGUCACACUUUCAUCGAGUGGAUUUGAAUUUGACAAGUAUUUUAAUUUAAAUAUCAAUGAGAGUAUUAGUCAUAUAGUUGUGGAUGAAUGUUGUCAAUGUGUAGAACCUGAAUUAUUAAUACCAUUGUGUUAUUUAUCACCAAGUAUGGGUGGUAAUAGUAAUAAUAAUAAUAUGGGUGGUCAACAAAAUAGUAAUACUAAUAAUAUGGGUGGUCAUAAUAUUCAAAAUAAUUAUAAUAAUAAUAUGGGUAGUCAACAACACAAUAACUUUCAAAGAAUUGUAUUAAUUGGUGAUCCAUGUCAAUUACCUGCUACAAUUAUUGGUAAUUCAAGAGAUUAUAAUUAUUCGAGAUCAUUGAUGGAAAGAUUCAUGAAUGAAGGAUAUCCUGCCAUCAUGUUAAAUGUUCAACAUCGAAUGCAUCCAAAAAUAUGUGAAUUUCCAUCUCGUUGUUUCUAUGGAGGACAAUUAACAAGUCAUGAAUCACUUAAAAGUGGUCAUAAUACAAUGAAUUCCAUCCAUACCAAUAUCCAUACCAAUAUCAACACAAUGAAUUCCAUCCAUACCAAUAUUAAUACCAAUAUCAAUACAAGAAUCAACAAUAUCAAUACCAAUACAACAACAACAAUAACUAGUACUACUGAUCAUGAAUGUAAUGAUCAUGGAUGGGAAUAUAGAGAAAUUUUGAGACAAGUCAAAAUGACAACAACACAAAUUUCGAGUCGUGAUCAAAUCACAAUGACCACCACCACCACCAUGAAUGAUGAUUCUCCACCCAUUCAAGUCUAUGAUUUGUUAUACAGUAGAGAAGACAGAUCUUUUGGAGGAAUGACUGAUCAACAACACUCUACAAGUGUUCGAAAUGUAUUAGAAGCUCAAUUUAUUUCCUAUCUCUAUUACAAAAUGAUGGAUAUCAAAAUGAAGUUGAUUUUAAAACAUCUCAACAACAACAACAAUACCUUAUUGAAACAACAACAAAUCAUUUUAGAGAAUUUUGAAAAGAAUAUUGGAAUUAUUACACCUUAUAAACAACAAGUGAAUGAAAUUAGAAAACAUAUUCAUGUGAUGAUACCAAGAACAAGAAAAACUGAAAAGUCUCUCACACACAAUUCUCAAACAUUGAGCAAUAGUACUACUACUACUACUACUACUGAUAUUAAUACCAUUGAUGGAUUUCAAGGAAGAGAAAAAGAUGUCAUUCUUCUCAGUUGUGUGAGAAGUGAGGGUUUAGGAUUUUUAACAGAUUAUCGAAGAAUGAAUGUUGCCAUUACACGUGCAAAACAUUGUCUCAUUGUUGUGUGCAAUUCAAAACAAUUGAAUACAUCACCAUUGUGGAGAGAAUUUAUUGCACAUGCACAACGUAAUGGAUAUUAUCAUGCAUUGACACAACCACCCAAUGAUAUUGAAAAGGUUCAACGUGAAGCUCAAUUUGAAUUGAGGAAAUUAUUCAAUAGUAGUAGUAGUACUAGUAGUAGUAGUAGUAGUAGCAGGAAUGAGAGUGGUAGUAGUAGAAGAAAUGGCCACUCUAGAAUUGUUGUUGGAAGGAACCAUGAUGAUGAAUCGGUCAUUCAUGACGAUCGUGGACGUUAUGAAUUGCACAAAAGAAAAUAUGGUGGCGAUUUGGAAGAAGAACAUUUCUCAGGAAACACCACCUUCUUGAAUAAGAAGAGAAAAUAA